UCCCAGUAGCAGAGCGGAGUCUCUGGCCUUAACGCGUCUGGGAACCUUCACUUUCCCUCACUGGGCUAAGGCAUCAUGAGUUGUCAGAUCUCGUGCAAAUCUCGAAGAGGAGGAGGAGGUGGAGGAAGAUUCCGGGGCUUCAGCAGUGGCUCAGCCGUGGUCUCCGGUGGGAGCCGGAGAUCGGCCACUAGCUUCUCCUGCUUGAGCCGCCAUGGCGGUGGCGGAGGGGGCUUCGGUGGAGGCGGCUUUGGCAGUCGGAGCCUUGUUGGUCUUGGAGGCACCAAGAGCAUCUCCAUUAGUGUGGCUGGAGGAGGUGGAAGCUUCGGCUCCGGUGGUGGAUUUGGUGGCAGAGGAGGUGGCUUUGGAGGCGGCAGCGGCUUUGGAGGCGGCAGUGGCUUUGGUGGAGGCAGCGGCUUUGGAGGCGGCGGUCUCGGUGGAGGCGGCUUCGGCGGCGGCCGCUUUGGAGGUGGCGGUGGCUUUGGAGGUUUUGGGGGUCCUGGUGGCAUGGGGCCUGGAGGAUUCCCUGGUGGAGGCAUCCACGAAGUCUCUGUCAACCAGAGCCUCCUGCAGCCUCUCAACGUGAAAGUUGACCCAGAAAUCCAGAAUGUGAAGUCUCGGGAGCGGGAGCAGAUCAAAACUCUCAACAACAAAUUUGCCUCUUUCAUUGACAAGGUGCGGUUCCUGGAGCAGCAGAACCAGGUACUGCAGACCAAAUGGGAGCUGCUACAGCAAAUAGACGUCAGCACCCGCACCACCAACCUGGAGCCCAUCUUUCAAAUGUACAUUGCCAAACUGAAGAAAUAUGUGGAUACGCUGUCUGCAGAGAGAACAUCACAAGAUUCAGAGCUGAACAACAUGCAAGAUCUUGUUGAGGAUUUUAAGAAGAAGUAUGAGGAUGAAAUCAACAAGCGCACAGCUGCUGAGAAUGAUUUUGUGACACUUAAAAAGGACGUGGACAAUGUCUACAUGACCAAGGUGGAGCUGCAGGCCAAGACAGAUGUGCUGAAUCAGGAGCUUGAGUUCAUGAAAUUCCUUUUUGAUGCGGAGCUGUCCCAGAUGCAGCAGAGUAUCACCGACACCAGCGUUGUCUUGUCCAUGGACAACAACCGCAGCCUGGACCUGGACAGCAUCAUCUCCGAGGUCCGUGCCCAGUAUGAGGAGAUCGCCCAGAAGAGCAAGGCAGAGGCCGAGGCCCUGUACCACAGCAAGUACGAGGAGCUCCAGAUUACUGCAGGGAAACACGGAGACAGCCUGAAGGAGGUCAAGAUGGAGAUCAGUGAGCUGAACCGCAUGAUCCAGAGGCUGCAAGGGGAGAUCGCCCAUGUGAAGAAGCAGUGUAAGACUGUGCAAGAAGCCAUUGCGGAUGCGGAGCAGAAAGGAGAGCAUGCCCUCAAAGAUGCUCAGGGCAAGCUCUCUGACCUUGAGGACGCCCUGCAGCAGGCCAAGGAGGACCUGGCCCGGCUGCUGAAGGACUACCAGGAGCUGAUGAACGUGAAGCUGGCCCUGGACGUGGAGAUCGCCACCUACCGCAAGCUGCUGGAGGGCGAGGAGUGCAGGAUGUCUGGAGACCUCAGUAGCAACGUGACUGUGUCUGUGACAAGCAGCACUGUGUCUUCGAGCAUGACAUCUAAGGCCGGCUUUGGCUCUGGAGGCAGAGGAUCCGGUUCUAGAGUAGGAGGAUACAGCUCUGGAAGUGGCAGUUACAGCUCUGGAGGCAGAGGAUCAAGCUCCCGAGGGGGCAGUGGAGGGGGCUAUGGCUCUGGAGGGGGCUCCAGAGGUGGAUCCAGCUCUGGAGGGGGCUAUGGCUCUGGAGGGGGCUCCAGAGGCGGAUCCAGCUCUGGAGGGGGCUAUGGCUCUGGAGGCGGCUCCAGAGGGGGCUCCGGCUCUGAAAAGGGUGGUUCUGGCUCAGGUGAAGGUUACAGUUCCAGCGUGACCUUCUCUUUUAGAUAAAGAUGGAGUCCUACUCUCGAUUCUGCCGCUUUAGAAUGUAGAAGCCUGUCUCUGUACAUCCCAUUGGCAGCAAAUCAAACCUUGUCCUCCACCCCUGAUGACAUUUUGGGGGAAAGGGUUGCUCACAUAUGGUUUUUGAAAUAUCUUCUCUCCGAACCAGUUGAUUGGAGCCAGUGACACCCUCUGCCCCCCCCCCCCCGCCCCCCCAGGAAGAAGCUGCAUCGCCCAGGCUUGUACUUCCAGCCAUGCCCCCUUGCCUGGCCCCUCCUUGCAUUGCCCCUUUGGUGGUCCUCCUCCUGAGGACUACACUGUUGAGGGCCCCAUCUCAAAGCCUGCGUCUUUCUCGUGGGCCUGCCCCCCAGGGAAACAUGUUUCUGUGUAUAUAGCCCACCUUGUUGGCUUUGCAUCUAAAGUGCUGUGGUCUUGGUGUCUGCACAAUAAACUUCAUCUGCAAUUUAUAA